AUGGGCGACGGAGCUACACACCAGAAAGCAGAUCGCGCUCGAGAGAUCGUAGUGGAAGCCUUGACCAGGAACGUCAAAGAAGACCAUGUGCGGGAGAUAUUCGGAAAGUACGGUGUCAUCAAGGAACUCACCAUGCCCAUGAACCCCACCUUCAACAUCAAUCGCGGCAUAGCCUACAUUCUCUACGAGGAGAUCGACGACGCCGAACGCGCAAUCGCGAAGAUGCACGACGCACAAUUAGAUGGAGCCAAGAUUCAAGUUUCCAUUGUCCUUCCCCGCCGUCGUUUCUCACAGACACCUCCGCCCGCGCGUAGAGGCCCGCCGCCACGCGACGACUACGAAGGUGGCUAUGGGCGCGGUGGACGGGGACCGAGGGGCGGAGGCCCACCUGGCGCGUACAGGCCACCACCUAUGGAUGGCCGUUAUCGAUCUCCACCGCGUCGAAUGUCGCCCGAUCGAGGACACUGGGGUCGGGGCAGAGGCGGAGGCGGUCGUGGUGGACGAGGGGCCUACGGAGGACGGCCACGAGGCAUCCGCACAGUCAAGUAG